AUGUUAUCUCGUAUGCUUGGUUCCCAGGUGGCUACUGCUGCUAGAACCAUAGGUGCAAGACAAGGCUUGAGAGUUACAACUGCUGCUGCUGCUCAUGGUCAAUACCAACUAAGAUACAUUUCAUCUUCAUUAAUUAGAUCUAAUGACAAAAAGAAAGAUGAUAAAUCAAAUUCAAUCUUGACUGAUGAUUUAUUAGCAAAAGCCGGUGUUGAUGUUGAAGAACCAACUAAAUCUAGUGCCAAUGGUGAACAAGAAUCUACAACAAAGAAUGAAUCUGAAGAAUCAUCAACUGAAGAUCAAGAUGGUAAACCAAGAAAGAAACGUACUAGACAAAGUUCUACUGAUGUUAAAAGAGAAAGAGCUGCCAAUUUAUUCUAUUUAGGUUUCUUUGCAACUGCUUUUGGUGGUAUUGGUUAUUUAGCUAGAGAUUGGGAAGAAGAUGAAGAUAAAGAAUUGAAACAAAAUAUUCCAAAUGGUUAUUCAUUUGAUUUAAUGUGGAAAAGAUUUAAUGCUAGAUUUAGUUCAAUUUUCACUUAUUUCCAAGAACCUCCAUUCCCAGAUUUAUUACCAGAUUCUCCUCCAGAACCAUAUAAACGUCCUUUAACUUUAGUUUUAACUUUAGAAGAUUUCUUAAUUCAUAGUGAAUGGGAUACUAAAAAUGGUUGGAAAACUGCUAAAAGACCAGGUGUUGAUUAUUUCUUGGGUUAUUUAUCACAAUACUAUGAAAUUGUUUUAUUCAGUUCAAAUUAUAUGAUGUAUAGUGAAAAAGUUGUUGAAAAAUUAGAUCCAUUACGUGCUUAUAUUAGUUAUCAAUUAUAUAAAGAACAUUGUUUAUAUAAAGAUGGUGCUCAUAUUAAAGAUUUAUCAAAAUUAAAUAGAGAUAUUUCAAAAGUUUUAAUUAUUGAAAAUGAUGAAAAUUCAAUUAAAUUACAACCUGAAAAUGCUAUUAAAUUAGCUCCAUGGAAUGGUAAAGCUGAUGAUGAAUUAAUUAAAUUAAUCCCAUUAUUAGAAUAUCUUGCAACUCAACAAAUUAAAGAUGUUAGACCUGUUUUAGCUUCUUUUAAAAAUAAAGAAAAAAUUUCUGAAGAAUUUUUAGAAAGAACUGAAAAAUUACGUCAAGAAUUUAAUAAAGAUCAAGAAAAAAAAGGUUCAACAAAUUUAUUAAAUAAAUUAUUAGGUUUACCAGUUGUAAAGCAAAAAUUCCCAUUAGAUGCAAUUCAUGAUGAAGGUGUUAAAAAUUAUCAAUUUUUCCAAAAAUUAGUUAAAGAAGAAGAAGAAAAAUUGAAAAAACAAUCUGAAAUGCCAAAAGAAACUUUUAAAUUAAAAGAUAUUGUCGAAGGUAAUUUACCAAGUCAAGAAGAAAUGAUGCAAAAACAAUUAGAAAAACAAUUAGAAUUUGAAAAACAACAAGCUCAACAAGCUUCUGCUGCUGUUGCUAAAUAA